AUGGACCCCACUGAAGAAGAAGCUCCUCCUCCCCCAUAUUCUGCGAUUGACCCUUUGCAGUCGCAAACGGCCAACAAUACAGGAUCUAGUGUUGCUAGUGAAAGCCAGGCCAGUCGCGAUAUCCCAACUGGCCAUGGCAAUGAAUCCCGGUCUGAUUCGCGACCUCUAGAGACGUCCCUUUCGGAGAUUCAUAUUCACGACAAUGUCGAUAACAAUAGUCGUAGAACGCUUUCACCAUCGAAUGUACCAGUUAUCACAGCUACUGAAUCGCCGCAAGCAGAAAGCUCGUCUGCCAUACAGCCCGCCCAUUUCGCUUCAGCCGCAGGUUACUUUGCAGACCGAGGCUUUCCAUCUGACAACGAGAAGCGCGACACGCUGGUUCACCAUCUAACGAUAUAUGCUCGCAGUCAGGGAAAAGACUUUCCCCGAAGACCACGGUGCUGGAGAGCCAGAGCGGCUGAAAUCAGCCAGCACGAUUGGGAUACAUUUCUGAAUUUCUUGUUUCCAUCCAGCCUGGGGCCCGCAGCACUAUCGUCGCACCUGCAUCGGCGAGUGCGCGCAGAGAUUGAACGAGAUCGAAAGGAUCGCCCGCAGGAGACGGACGACGAGCGAUGUGCGCGUCUGGAUGCAGUCAUUACGGAAUGGAAUGACCAUUUCUUCAACCCUCGUGGAACAUACGUGACAUGGGUGUAUAUUGCGGAUUUGGAAAACGGGCCAACGUCACCUUUGUGUCCUAAUUGCUAUCCUCAAGCCACAGAAGCUUCUCGAAACCACAGCAGGCUGUCCCGUUCGCCGUCUCAUAACGCUCCCAUUCCUGUCUCGACAGAGCAGCCAGUGCACAGGAUACCGAGAAGACCGGUGCCGCGUGUUACGUAUCCAGGCCCCGAGCAAGAGAGCCAGCGCUCAAGCGUUACGCUUUCCCCUCUAUCGGGAGCUACUAGUACCACUAGCUCUCCGACAACGCUCGAUCAUCCUGCUACUCUUCCCCUUACGAAGUCUUAUCAAAAUUCUUACACGUCGACUUACCCGUGGCCAACAAACCCCGUCGCAUGGGCUAGCCAAGUGAGUCUACGAGCACAGCAAUAUGCCGAGAAAAUAACCAGCCAGGCUCAAGAAUACGGAAGAGCAAUCGAAGAGAGUGCGCUGGCUCGCUCGAGACAAGUCGAACAGUACAGCAAAAGACUCGAAGACAACGCAAUAGCACACGGAAGACGGCUCGAAGAGGCUGCGUUGGCAAAGGGCCGAAAGAUCGAACACGCGGGUGACCGUCUAGGCAAUUGGGCAACUGGAAUGACUGGAAUAGCGCGUCGUCGUACGACGUCAAACGCUCUAUCGGCGUAUGAAGAGACAGACAGUAUGACAUCUCGCUCGGUGGACGAUGUGCAGUCGACGUCGCGACGGCUGUCAGCAGCAUCGUCUAUUGGCUCGAUCGAGUCUCUUUCGUCGAUUGACUCUAUAUCCACCACGUCCGAGCUGGAACCGGACGACCUCGCUGCGGUGCGCGCACAACUGACAUCGCUGGAUGAAUACCACCAUCGCGAUCUCCACAGCGCCACAGUUGGUCUACGCGGCCAUAUCCGGAUCCUGCAACAGACCCGACGCGAUUCUCGAUUUCUGUUGCCCCGUGUGGGCCAGAGGGGCUCUUGGGGACGAUGGGAUUCUCCAGACGACGAAAGACAGCGCGAGAGCCGGCGUGUGCUGAUGAAAGAAGAAACCCGGCUUCUGCGCGAGGCGUUUCGUGAAUCGGACCGUCGCGCAAAGCAAGAAAUUCGAGAACUGCAGCGAGCCAGACGGAACCGCAAACUGCAGUGGCAGCACCAUCAGCACAAAAUGAGUGUACCGUCUCUAAACAUCGACAAGACAACGUCGAAUCUCGAGUUAGGGGCUGACAAGGAAGUGUCGAUGCCAGCUAAAGAAGAGGGUGCUCCGAUCCAUCGACCAGCAAGCUACCCUAUACCAACAGAGCGAGACCACACGGCAGCAGCAGCACAAGUCCCUGCUAUGAACCCUCACGACGCAGCCAAGGCAUGGGCGAAUGCCCAACGAGUUAAAGCAAAGGAACUCCAAAAGGCCAACAAGAACAGAAUCAAAGAAAUCCAAAAACAGUACAAGGAAACGGAAAAGAAACAGAAAAAACUAUCAAAGAAGAACAAGGGGAGACACUAUCUGACAUCGGCAUCGACGUCGCAAAUCAUGCUAGACCAGACAUCCUCUGCGUCUUCAUUGUCAUUAUCCACGGCGAACCUGGCGGCAGCAAACCGUCAUCGGCUCUCGUCAGGCUUUACUGAUAUUCCCUCGUUGUCUCGACAGCCCGAGUCGACGUCGGCUGCAUCUAUUCGGUCAGACCAAAAUGCUGAAGGGCCGCCGCCGCCGCCUUUGCCCAGUGCAGACUGGCGACGACAGCGAAGUGAAUCUGAAGUGCCUCCUCCUCAUCAUUAUGCAUUUGAGCUGGAGGGGGAUAACGAAUUAUUGAGAAAAAGACAAGGCUGA